AUGGCUACCUUCAUGCUCGACGGCUUUCGCUCAAAAGUCCCCGUUCAAUUGACCCACGGUAUAACCGAAUCCCAACUCCUAGACUUCAGGGCUUUCCAAACUUGGCGUGAUACCCUCCGCGCCAACCUAGCCUUACAGUACAGCAACCCCAACCAUGCUUUUCAUGAUGACCCAUUCUCGCUUCAGAAGAUCGAAAUUCAAUCUGUCGACUGGUUCCCUACAAAGAAAGGCUCGAUACUCGGCUUUGUGAAGCUACGCGCAUACAUUCGCAGCAAGAAAUUGGUCAACGGCAAGCCUAAGGAGCUCCCAGGCAUCGCAUUCUUGCGAGGUGGCAGCGUUGCGAUGCUCAUGAUUCUGCGGCCGCAGGACUCACGCGACGAGAGGUGGGUUGUGAUGACGGAGCAGCCGCGGGUGCCCGCGGGCAGUCUUUCAUUCGUGGAGAUACCUGCUGGGAUGCUGGACAAGUCAAACAACUUCAGCGGAAAAGCUGCCGAGGAGAUCUUAGAAGAAACAGGUUUCAAGUUACCGAAGUCUGAACUCAUUGAUCUUACCGAACUGGCGCUAAAGCAGACACAAAGUGAAGACGGCGAGGUUCUGCAGAAUGCUAUGUAUCCUAGCCCAGGAGGAUCAGACGAGUUCAUCCCAAUCUUUUUGUGGGAGAAGGAGCUUGAUCGUCAAGAGAUUAUGGAUCUCCGGGGUAAAUUAACGGGAAAGAGAGCUCAGGGAGAGAUGAUCACGCUGAGAGUAUGUGAUUAUGAAGAGCUAUGGAAGGUGUGCCCAAGGGAUGCGAAGACUUUGGCUGCUUGGGCGCUAUAUGAGGGCCUGAAUAGGGCUGGUAUUAUUCAGGAAGAGUUAAGGAAACGCAAACAGAUUCCAGGCGUGGAGUUGCAAUUGGAUGAUGGUGAUUCAUCUGAAUAG